UUUAUUACGAACAGUAAUUGAUCGAGCUAUUAAAAUUCCGGAUAUUGCAUCAACCGCAGCAAUGGCAGUCCUGAAGAAAUUGGGGAUUAAUGGUGGUACCAGCACGGGUGCCAAUUUUAUAGCAGCAUUACAUUUGGCUGCAACACAUUGCAAAGAUUCACUUUUUAACAAUCAACGAUUAGUAAUUGCAACAAUAUUGGGUGAUACCGGUGAUUACUACAAAUCAUCUUACUAUAACAGAUCAUGGAUUAAUGAAAAUUUCAAUAGCCAUGGUGGUCUUACAGCAUACGAUUGCUGGAUAAAGGAAAUUGAGGAAGCAUUUAAAUUUGGUUAUGAUCCAUUAAUUUCUGGACAUGAACGAUGUGAUCAAGCUAAUACAGAUCUGAUUGAUUUUCGAAGUCGACGAACAACAUGCUUUUUAUAG